UUUUUUUGUUGAUUUUCCACAAAACCCUACUGAUUUUUUUAUUUUUUCAUGUUAAAUCAGCAAUGGCAAGUUCAACUUUAAGGACAACCCCAAGGCUAUGAAGACAAAGAGAUAAAGCAUGGAAAUAUGGGAUUCCUGGAAGCAAAAAGGGGGAAGUCACUUGCACUGAAUGUACAAAAUGGAUGACGGGUGGAAUCAAUAGAUUAAAAUACCACUUUGCACAAAUACCUGGAUAUGGUGUGGACAUAUGCUCCAAAUCAACUCUUGAGAUUAUUAGAGAGAUGAAGGUCCUUCUUGCUAAGCAUGAUAUGCAAAGGAAGAAAGGCAAAAAAUAAAAGAAGCCAUGGCAGCGGCAAUGAAUCCCACAUUGUCCACUUCGGGUCCCAUUGGUCACACUCGUGGUCAUUAGUCGCUUUCAUCUUUUGGUGACAAUGAGGGUGGGGCUAGUGCCACUCCUGUUAGAACAGACCCUAAUUUUUUUGUACCACACAAUGUUCAAGGUGCACAACCUUCACUUGGAAGGUACAAUAUGGAAUAGAGAGAAGCAUGAACAAACAAAGAUAGCAGCAUUAAACUUUUGGUUUUACAAUAAUAUACCUUUCAAUGCAGCAAAUAAUGUGUAUUGGGAAGGUUUGGUUAAUGCAUUUACAAUUGCGGGUAAGGGGUUUAAGACCCCAACAGGUUAUGACUUCAGUGGGCCAUUGCUAGAGCAAGCUGUAAGAAAUACACAAGUUGUGGUUGAUGAUUAGAAAAGAUAUUAGAGAAGAAAAGGAUGCAACAUUUUAUCCGAUGGAUGGACAGAUGGACGAAAUAGGACUCUUCUCAACUUCUUGGUGGCUUCAAAUGGUGCAAUGGUAUUUCUAAAGUCUGUUGAUGCCUCAAAUGAAAUAAAAAAUGCAGAGACUUUGUGUAAUCUAUUGGAUGGGGUGGUUCAGGAAGUUGGAGUUGAAAAUGUUGUCCAAAUUAUCACGGACAACGCAACUGCAUAUGUAUUUGCAGGUAUAAUGCUUAUGGAGAGGCAUCCUACGAUUACAUGGAGUCCUUGUGUUGCACAUUGCUUGGACUUGAUGCUAGAGGACAUUGGGAAGAUUACAUGGGUGAAGAAGGUGGUUGAAGAUGCAAGAAGUGUCACCAAAUUCAUCUACAACCAUACUUGGGUGCUUGCUUUGAUGAGGAAACACACAAAUGGCAAGGAUCUUGUGCGACUUGGAGUGACACGAUUUGCUAGCUACUUCAUCACUUUGUAGAGCAUUCUUAGUGCCAUUCCUCAUCUUAAGCAGAUGUUUGUGUCUGAUGCUUGGUUGGGGUCUGCAUACUCCAGAAAACCUGAAGCAGAUAAGAUUGUAAUCAUUGUUUUUGAUGAAGGGUUCAACAAAAGUGGAGAGGAGUUGACUAUGGUGACAGAACUUUUGGUAAGGGUUCUUUGUAUGGUGGAUGGAGAGGGCAUGGCAAUGGGUUUCAUUUAUGAGGCCAUGGAUAGGGCCAAAGAGGCCAUUUCACAUUGCUAUCAUGGAAAUACAAGAAAAUGUGAAAUCCUUUGGCGCAUCAUUGAUCGUAGGUGGACGAACCAACUCCACCAACCGAUACAUGCCUUUGCCUACUUCUUGAACCCAAAGUUCUACUUCUCCGAUUCAUUUAAGGCUGAUGAGGAGGUCAUGGCAGGUGUUAUUGCAAGCAUUGAUAAGAUGACACUUGAUGCUGAGUUGAGAGACAAGGUUCUUGAUGAGUUGGAGAUCAACAAGAGUGCAGAGGAGAGACUCUUCUCAUCACAACUAGCAAUUGAUAGGAGAGGAAAACAACAACCAGAUUUAUGGUGGGAGAAUUAUGGUGUUGGCAUGCCUAAUCUUCAAAAGAUGGUCGUUCGUGUUUUGUCUCAGCCAUGUAGUGCUUCUGGGUGUGAAUGAAAUUGGAGUGUAUUUGAGAGAAUUCACACAAAGAAGAGAAGUAGAUUGACACAAAAGCGGCUCAAUGAUCUUGUCUUCGUUCGGUACAAUCUUCGCCUUCGAGUUAGAAAGGUGGAGGGUGUUUCACAUGAAGGCAUUGACUUGGAUGAAAUCGAUCCAUAUGGUGAUUGGACCGUGAAUGAACAAAAUGAUGGUGAUGAUGUCCUCCUUACUGAAGAAGAACUUGCAGAAAUAGAGAGAGGAGCAUCACAAGAAGCAGAAGGAGCAAGAUUGCAGGAAAUGGAGGAGGAUGAAGAUGAGGACGAAGAUGAGGACUUUCAUUUAGAAGAAGAAUCAUCUCACCAUUUAGAUAGGAGCAUCACAAGAAGCAGAAGGAGCAAGAUUGGAGGAAAUGGAGGAGGAUGAAGAUGAGGACGAAGAUGAGGACUUUCAUUUAGAAGAAGAAUCAUCUCACCAUUUAGAUACCACAACAUCCACUGCUACUACUUCUAGCUCAAGGCCUGAAAAAUUGGGCUAUAUUAGGAGAAGUGCAAAGAGGAAGAUGUAGUCCUCUUUAGUUUGUUUAUUGUUGUUUUUCACAUUUGGA